UUACUUGCCAGUUACAGUUGGGGGGAUCCACUGAUUAUGUGAGACACGCCAAAGUUCAGGAGGUUUGUGGAGCAAAAAGAGUUCAUAUGUUACUUAUUACAGCACCCCCAAAAGUCCAGAGGCGUUUUCUCAAAUUAAAACAGUUCAGGUGGGUUUUCUUCAACGCCCCAGAAUCCGGGGGUUUUCUGAAAUUAACUCUUUUGUUUUCUCCGCUCCCCUAUCUCCUCUUUGCGUCUCGAGCCAUUGAGACGGGUUUCGAAUCCUACGUCGUAAGCAGUCAGUGGGCUUCAGCUGAAUCAGUACAAGCUUUUGUGACCAAGAAGCAACCCACGAAAAAUCUGCUUGAUCAGGAAGGUCUAAUGGAAAGCAAGGACCAGUUACAGACUCCGAGUUAUGCUGCUGAUAUUCAAUCCAUUGAGGAAGCACUACUUCGCAUUGCUCCAUACAUUCACAAGACUCCAGUUCUCUCUUCAACAAGUCUAGACAGUAUAGCUGGUAGACAGUUGUUUUUCAAGUGUGAAUGUUUUCAAAAGGGAGGAGCCUUUAAAAUUAGAGGUGCUUCAAAUGCUAUAUUCUCUCUUGACGACAAUGAAGUUGAUAAAGGAGUUUUAACUCAUAGCAGUGGUAACCAUGCUGCAGCAGUUUCUUUGGCUGCAAAACUACGUGGCAUCCCAGCUUAUAUAGUUAUACCAAAAAAUGCCCCGAAAUGUAAAGUUGAGAAUGUCAAGCGCUAUGGCGGACAGGUUAUUUGGAGUGAAGCGACGCUUGAAUCAAGAGAAAGCAUUGGCCUAGCAAGGUUCAGCAGGCAAACCAGGCUGCAACUCUGAUUCAUGCCAUUCAAUGACAAGCGCAUAAUAAGUGGACAGGGUACCGUGUCAUUGGAACUUCUAGAGCAAGUCCCUGAUCUUGAUGCCAUAGUUGUUCCAAUCAGCGGCGGUGGUCUAAUUUCUGGGGUAACUUUGGCUGCUAAAGCUAUCCAGGUUUUUGGCUGGCUGGAAGCCGCAGCGGUGGCUGAUGAUGCUGCUCAGUCCAAGAUAGCAGGAAGACUCAUAAGACGACAAGAGACUAACACCAUCGCUGAUGGACUUCGAGCUUUCCUUGGAGAUCUGACAUGGCCAGUAGUCAGAGAUUUAGUGGAUGAUAUCAUCACCGUUGAAGAUACAGAGAUUGUUGAUGCCAUGAGAAUGUGCUAUGAGAUUCUGAAGGUGGCUGUGGAACCCAGUGGAGCAAUUGGCCUUGCUGCUGUUCUCUCUGACAAGUUUCAGAAAGGUUUUGCAGUGAAGGGCUGCAACAAAAUCGGUAUCAUCCUCUCCGGUGGUAACGUCGAUCUUGGUGUGCUUUGGGAAUCCUUUGGCAAAUAAACUCAAUGUUGUUUCCUUUCAAGUAAUAAUGCUGGUUGUGCAGACUACAGUAGUUGUUUGAGUGCUAUUGAGAAUGUAAGCGCUUACUCUUUUGGGUUGGUGGCAGGACCAGCCCAUGUAUUCCAACUAGGGGUGCAGAAACAUAUCGCUAUGCAGGAUAUGUUCAUAUUUGUUAGGGUGGGGAUAUGUUUACUACUAUUUAUGUCUCAUAGGAUGUGGUUACUGAUAUAGAUAUGUAGUGAAAUACCCAUAUCCGUAUUCAAAAUAUACGAGUAUAUAUCUUGUAACUGUUUUAAUCCUUAGAUUAAUGGAUUUGAGGAUUUUGGUGA